UUUUGUUCUAAAACAGGACACACUGAAGAAAAGUGCUUCAUCAAGCAUGGAUAUCCCGAUGGAUGGCUAGAACGGCGACGUAACGGAGGUAAAGCUCGGGGACAGUCUAGACAAUCCGGAAGCAAUGCAGGUUCAGUCAACCUUCAGAACAACUCCUCUAAUCAGCAACCGAAGGCCAAUGUUGCACAUGCGGGAGAAAUUGCCGCUGAUCUCGGUGAUAUCCGUUUGCAUGGACCAAGUCUCGAGGAUCAGGAUUGGUGUGGGUGAGCAGUCCGGUGGACUUUUCUACCUGGCAAUGGGGGAACGAGUACGUAUACAUAAUGCAACCCAUUUGGAUGUUGGAGAGCUUUGGCAUGCACGUUUGGGACAUCCGUCAUUGCAAGUUUUGAAUUUUUUGCCUCAAGUUAACGGUAGCUCUAGCAAUUUAUUUAAUAAGCCAUGUGAUGUUUGUCAUCGGGCAAAGCAAACUCGUUCCGUUUUU